CUCUAGAAUGGCCUUCACCGAUACUAUCGCUGGUGAAAUUGCGACGGAGCUCUAGAAGCAGCUCUGUGUGAUAUCUACAAAAGCAUGGAGAUACAAAAACACCGCAGAUCGACUCAUCACCUUGAUCAACAUCAUUCAACCGAUGAUCCAGGAGAUCCAGUACAGCGGCGUGGAGCUACCUGCUCACCGCCAGGCUCAAAUCCGUAUCAGAGAAAGGCAUGAAACUCACCGGAAAAGUCCUAAGCUCUCGUCAAUGGAAUUUAUAUCGACAGAUAACUCUAGCGGCGAAAAUGGAAAAGCUCGAGAAGACAGUUUAUAGUUUCCUUAACGCUGGGAUUUUUACACACGUCCUUGUUGACCUUAAUGGCCUUCGGGCGGAUUACAAUGUCCGGCUUGACCGUCUUGGUAGAAUUGAAGCCAUCUCUUCUACUUAUGAAGCAGGUCCUAGUGGUACUGUUGCUAAUUGGGAAUAUACUGAAUCGACACGUUCCCAGACUAUUGGAGAUUUUAGUAGCAAUUCGGAGAAUAUGGUGCUAGUCAUGUCUUGGCUUAAUAGUCAACUUCAGCACCAUAAUAUCAUGUCUUCUUCUGGUUCCGAUUCCGGCUCGACUUUUUCCUUGGUGACUCCUUCUCUGGAGUUCCCGGAUCGCAUCAGUUUCCGGGAAAUAAAUUUGAGUAAACGCAUUUCAGAAGAUGGGGACUUCUUUGCUAUCACUGAAGUUUCAAAUCUUGCUCAGGGAAGUCAGGCACAAGAAUGCAUACAACAACUUGAAGGGGAGAGUGCACUACGUAGUCCGCUUCAGCAACAUAAUAUCAUGUCUUCUUCUAGUUCCUCUGUGAAUUCCGAAUCGACUUUUUCCUUGGUGACGCCCUCUCUGGAGUUUCCAGAUCGCAUCAGUUUCCGGAAAAUGGAUUUGAGUGAAGCAGGCCCUAGUCGAACAAAACGCAUUCGGGAAAAUAGUAAAUCAACAAGUUCCAAGUUGAUCGAGACUGAAAAUUUUGGCAAUCAGGAUGAUAUGGAACUAGCCACGCCUUGGCAGAAGGGUCAACUUCUGGGACGAGGAUCAUAUUGCUCUGUGUACGAAGCCUUUUCAGAAGACGGGGACUUUUUUGCUAUCAAGGAAGUUUCACUUCUUGAGCUGGGAAGUCAGGGACAAGAAUGCAUACAACAACUUGAGGGGGAGAUUGCACAACUUAGUCAGCUACAGCAUCAAAAUAUUGUGCAAUAUCGUGGCAUAACCAAGGACGCUUCAAAUUUGUACAUUUUUCUUGAGCUUGUAUCCCAAGGGUCUCUUCUAAAACUCUACCAAAGAUACCAGCUUCGGGAUUCUGUAGUUUCCUUGUACACAAGACAGAUUCUUGACGGUUUGAAAUUUCUCCACGAUAAAGGUUUUUUUCACAGGGACAUCAAAUGUGCAAAUAUAUUGGUGGACACUAAUGGCUCUGUCAAACUUUCAGAUUUUGGAUUGACAAAGGUGUCAAAGUUAAAUGACAUUAAGGCCUACAAGGGAACUCCAUUUUGGAUGGCUCCGGAGGUUGUUAACACCAAGGGUAAUGAUGAGUAUGGAAGUCCAGCUGAUAUAUGGAGCCUUGGGUGCACUGUGUUGGAGAUGUUGACUAGAAAGAUCCCUUACUCGGAUUUAGAACCGAUUCAAGCCCUGGUUAGGAUCAGAAAGGGUAUGCUUCCGGAGAUACCUGAUACUCUAUCACAAGAAGCUCGUCAUUUCAUACUUAACUGUCUCAAAGUGAACCCGGAUGAGCGACCAACUGCAACUAAACUGCUGAACCAUCCAUUUUUGAGACAGCCGUUACUAUCCUCGGGGUCAGGAGACUCAGUAUCUCCGCUUAUUCGUAGGUGUAACCAAAAGAUUUAUGAGGGAGCUGAACCCUUAGAAACUAUUGGGGGAGACACGAGAUAUGAUUCCUGUUUACACGUUCGGUUUGGGUAAGAGCUAAACUCCUUGGAGACAUAUCUAUAGGUAGUUCAUGUCUCAUUCCAUGGUUAUUUGUUGUAAGUUGUGUGUUGGGCUUAUUUUUAAAAUUUGAAGAGCCUUAAUUUGAUUUAGAGUUUUGGGUGUAUGCAUGUUAAUCCCAUACCAUGUUUAGUUGGUUCUUGUAUAUAGUUCCUGCUUGUUGUAACUGUGUACACAUGCAUACACUAUAAUUUAACAAAAACUUG